AUGCUGCCACUUGCCGUCCUCAGCACUGCUGCGCUUGUCUACGCAGCGUCCAGCGGUCAUGUGCCCAGAGAGGACUAUGCAGGGCCAGCUGUUGACACUAAGAACGGAACAUACGGGGGCGUCUAUCUCCCAACAUAUGACCAAGAUGUCUUUCUCGGCGUUCGCUACGCAAAGAAAGUUGUCCGCUUCACGCGAUCUGAACCUCUCAACGAGACAUGGGCAGGGGUUAAGCCCUUCACCCAGUACAGAGAACACUGCUGGGGCUACGGAAUCGCCUGGACCGGCCCAAACGCGGACUGGUCAGGCUACCCAAUGUCCGAAGACUGCCUUUUCUUGAACAUCAUCCGACCGGCCGGACUCACCAACACAUCCGGUUUGCCUGUCGCGCUUUGGGUUCAUGGAGGCGGCUUCGCGAAGGGCGGAGGCUCUGACAAGAGAUAUAACUACAGUUACUCCGUUCAAGAGUCCGUCGCCAUGGGAAAACCUUACAUCGGCAUCACCAUCAACUACAGAUUGUCCGUAUGGGGCUGGCUCAUGGGGAAACAGGCCCUCGAUGCCGGUGCUGUGAACCUGGGAUAUCACGAUAUGCGACACGCUCUUCGUUGGGUGAACGAGAACAUCGCCGACUUUGGCGGUGAUCCUGCGAAGGUGACCAUCGUUGGCGAGAGCUGUGGCGCUGAGGCCUUAUCUGCACAGAUACUUGCUUACAACGGCCGCGACGAUGGCCUCUUCCGAGCCGCUAUUGGGCAAUCUGGUUUUGGAGGCCGUAUCCCUAGGUUUGACCCCGGUGGUUUCAACAGUACCGCCGACGACCAGCUGGAAUUUGACCGCCUGGUAGCAAACACAUCAUGUGCUGAAACGGUAGGAACCCCCGACGCCAUUCCCUGCCUCCAGAAUGUGCCCUUCGAAGAGAUCAACAACGCGGUCAACGUCUCCGGAAUCGCACAUUGGUCCCCCGUCAUGGACGGCGACUUCAUCCAGGACUACCCCACAAACCAAUUCCGAGACGGAAGAUUCGUCAAAGUGCCCGUUCUCAUCGGCGCCAACACCGACGAGGGCGGCUACUUUCGCGGCCUCCGCGGGAACGCCAACGUUAGCAUCCUCAACACAGACGACGACUUCAAGACCAUGGUCAGGCCUAUCUUUGCCGCAGAUGUAGAAGAGACGAGUGGUAAAACGGCCAAGCAGCUGGUGGAAGAGCUCGCCGCAGUUUAUCCGAAUAUCCAGAGCGUCGGCAUUCCCAAUCUCGUAGCAUGGCCCGAAGUCAUCGACAAAAACAACCCGGAUGUCAAGUAUUGGGGUCUCCAAAAUCGCCGUGGCAAUGCGUUUGGGGGUGACAUCACGAAUAUUGCGUGGCGCCGACGAUCGAACAUGUACUGGUCCCAGCACGGGAUACCGAACUGGAGCUAUCGAUUCGACGCGGUGCCUGACGGUAUCCCACCUAACGUCUCAGCAGCACACUUUUUGGAGAUUGCUUAUGUUUUUGAUGACGUACCCGGUGAAGGCUACAGACUAAAGCCCCUGACAUCGGAGAAAAACAGAGCUCUGGCGAAAACGGUGUCCGCGGCGUGGAUCAACAUGAUCAGUGAUCUUGAUCCAAUGCCGACUGGUGAUAAGCAUGCAUGGCCGAUUUACAAUACCUCGGCUGGGGGAGGCGUGGGUCAGAAUAUGGUCUUCCAUGUGAAUGGUUCAUACGUGGAGUAUGACGACUUCAGGGCGGAAGCUCUACAGUGGUUCAAUGAUCACUUUCUGGACGUUUUCGGAACUUGA